AUGGAUCCUCCCAACAAAAGAGGCUCUGCUUUCCGCAGGAAACCGAUUAGAAGUCAAUCUUCGGGGCUGUCUGACGAAGACGGUAGCGACAACGAAAAUUUCGACUUGGCUGCGGCCACCGUGUCCGACGGCUUUCGACCAACACAUCCAUCACCAACCGACAGUUCAUCAGUAUUCUCGACGACAAACAAUCCCACCAGUGCCUCGGCCGCCUCUUCGCAAGCUCGAUUGCUGUCACAAAGCCCAACCCACGAACAGGCGCCGACUUCCAGCCUCUCCAAGCCUUCGGCAUCUGGAUCUGCCCGCCCAUCAAGCGCAGUCAAGCCUCCACGGCCUCAUGAUUCACUCACACUCCGUAGCGAUGGUGCAAACCCUCUUCAAACCGACCCGUCAUUAUCGUCAGCGCUGGCGUCGCACACAGAUGCUCCGCGGAUACGGCCUCAGAGCCCUUAUCGAGGCCCCACUGGUCCUUCGCACCCGUAUCAGAUGUAUCCGCAGAGAACACUGAGCAACGGUACGGCUUCUGCCGAUCAAGCUACAAGGCGCGGCCCUGCGCAUCCAUAUGCCCUCUACCCGCAAAACACCGUCACCAGCGGCGACGAGACGCCUAGUCAGAUACCCAUUGGCUUUUCGACAUCUGGCGAUGGUUAUCAAAGGCAAAUCGGCCCAGACGGAGAAGACGUAGGAGGCUUGGUUGGACCUUUGGGGCAUACCGAAGAACUGCCUCCUUAUACGAGAUACCCCGACCAGGCUGUUGUCCGAAAGGCUACCCCCACUGCAGCUGUGCUGCCAGAGGAUGGCGCAUCCAACAACCCAGAUCAAACCGAUACUGGAGCCGGAGGAAUUGGGGUAGCGACGCGGAAUCCAGAGUUUUCAUCUACAGAGGAAGACCUUCAGCCAUCACAAUCUAGACCAUCCACUCGCAGCCAUCACGACAUCAACACUGCUGCACAAAACCAGGCAGAGAAGCCUCAGAUGAGCAAAUGGCAGCGUAGGGCAAAGAAGAAGCUCUGGGGCAUCGUGCCGUAUUGGGCAAUAUGCCUACUCAUUAUAGGUGUUGUUCUCGUUGGCGUCAUAUUGGGUGCUGUCAUAGGGACGGUUUUCACGCACCAUAGAUCGCAAAAUUUCGGCUCAAGUUAUCCCCCGCCGUUUCCAACACCCACGUCUGAUGUUAUACCAUUACCAGAUGUCCCUCCACGUCUGCCUCAUUUACCUACUGGCACAUAUGAACUGCCACUUCUGAUUCCUAACCAAUCGCCCAAGGGUUGCCUCAACGAUACAAGACAAAGUGCUGCUUGGAACUGUAACAUACCUACUAGCUACUAUGAAAUGAAGCUCGGCAACAUGUCAAAUGAAAAAGCGACUGCAUGUUAUAAUCUCUCUCUCAAGCCUGUCAGUCUUGUCGAUUCCCGGUUUCUCUGGGGUGCACAGCCUCCCAAUAUCGAUGGUGAAACCUUGACACUUGUCAACGACACAUCUGAGCCUCGCCGUGGACCGGCGUGGUGGCUCAAGGUUACCUAUGACAAGAUAGUCGUGGUCGCUCAGGAUGCUUUCCCCCCUCCCUCCACGACCAAACGUUGGGACAACAUGGGCAGGCCAUUUGACGAUUAUGAUGUAAUCCGAACAAAAAAAUCACUUGGAGCUCAAAACGGCGAUAAACCCUGGAUAUGUACCUGGCCUGGUACGACACUCGAGGUUUUCAUCUACCCCAUCCAGAAUUCCAGUGUCGGAGCCAAUCCAACUUCAGGUACAGCGACAUCAUCAGCGGCCUCUUCGACGAACUCUGUGCCCAACCCGUAUGCAGCUGAGGGGUUAUUCCCCUACCCCAGAAGCGUCAAGCUUAUAGAGAAACGAGAUGCCAGCAACACUCCUAGACCAUUCUGUCGCCAAGUUCAGGUCGUCGAUAAUGGGCGUGGCAUAGCGAAUGUGACGGAUAAUUCUGGGAACCCCGUUCAAAUACAGAUCAAUGAGAACUACGACUCGGACGACGAUCAGCAGACAUCCCAAAAUAACCGCUCGCUCCGGAAGAAGUGGGAUCAAUCUUGGAACUCUCAGAAAAUGGAGCAGUUGACGCCUUGCGGCUGUCUUUGGUCGUCUUGA